CCACAUGGCGCGGCGAUUCCGUGGAAGGCGCCUGCGUGUUCACGAUCAAGCAUCAAGCCAGCCUGCCUAAAGCUUCCGAGAUGUUGAUGCUAAAUAAAACUUCUAGCUGGUUGGGACGAUGCCAUGCGUUCUAAUUUUCACGAAGGCCGCUGGUGGAUGUCGGUAGCCCGGGGACGUGGUACAUUGUUGGAGGCGGAUGAUACGAUAGUAUCCGGAGAAGCUGUCCGGGUUACCUGUUCUUCGUGGCGGAGGAGAGGAAAAAAAAGAAAAAAAAAAAACUUUCGUCGACGGCAAGGGAAGAGAAAGAGAGAGAAAGAGAGAAAGAGAGAGAGAAAGAGAGAAAGAGGAUCGACGCGUCGAAAGAAAUACACAAUACAUGCACACGCUUAUAUAUUUUCGAGAUAAUUUUUCUCUCGUGUGAACAUUGUACUACGUCAUCCGGUGGUGCGACACUUUUCGAUACGAAACGUUGAGGUGAUAUGGGUGUCGCCCUUUUGGGCAAGUGUAUCGGUUUCUUGGCUCUGGUGCUGUUCCUAUACACCUGCUAUGCCUUCCGCAUACGCGAUCAUACGACGGGGCAAAUGGCCUUUGCAUCAUCGGCCGAGCAGCCGCAUCGCGCUGCUUGCGCUUCUGCCUCCGGUAGAUGCCAGGAGAAGAGGAUCGCGGGUACGUUGACCAAGAGGCACGACACCACGUCACAGACUCAUGCCAGCAGCAUCGCUCGGAAACCACCUGCCGAGCUUGUGUCGUCGCUCGACGAGGGGAGAGGGUUGGAGGGGGGAGGCGUGAAACACGAAAAGACUGGAUUCGCGAAGGAUGGCGGGGCAUCGCGGAGUGUUGAAGAGGAGGAGGAGGAGGAGGAGGAGGAUGAAGAGGAGGCGAUUGUGGAGGUAGAGACUGUGGAGGAGAUCGCAUCGAGCGAUGACGACGACGACGAUGAUGAUGAAAAGGAGGGCGAGGAUGAUGGCGAGGAUUACGACGGAAGCAGGGAGGAAGAGAAAGAUGCGGAGGAUUCUCGGGAAAGAGUAAUGAAAGGUAGGAGGAAAAUUGUGGAGGAUGAAGAGGAAAAUGGAAAGAUGGAUUUAAAGAAAAAAGUUAGUCCGGAGAAAGGAUUGAAGGAGAUAAUUAGAUCUAAGAAGCUAGGCAAGGAAGAUGAAGAUGAUGAAGAGGAAGAGGAAGACGAAGAUCAAGACGAGGAUGAAGAGGAAGAGGAAGAGGAAGAUGAAGAAGAAGACGAAGACGAGGAAGAAUCGGAAGAGGUAGUUGCUACUCCUCCGCCGAAAAAACUAGAAAAAGUUAGAUACGCGGAUAAAGAUAAAAUUAAAUCGGUGGAAAUUACAUAUGAUGAGAAGUCAAAAGUUGAUAACGUGAUAAAAGCAAAAGCCAAUGAGAUUAAGCAAGCAAAAUUGGAGAGGAAACCAGAGGAAAUUGCAAGAAGCAAGAUCGAAACGACGAAGCCGGAUGAGAAAAAGUUGGUCGAGGGAUUGUCCAAGCCGGUUCAAGCCACGAAGAAGAUCGAGCCCGUUAAGAUAACGAAAUCUGAAUCAGAAUCGUCCAAAUUGAAGAUGAAACCGGUGGAAAGAGCGAAAAUCCCGGUGAAACCGGAAGCGUCGAAGACGCGAGAACCGUCGAAAAAAGAAACAACGAGUCCUCAACCUGCUCGAAUUAAACGAUCCGACAAAGAUGAAAUGAAAGUAAAAACGAAAACGCACGUGGAUGCUGCUUUCGCUUUGGCUCGAUUGAACGAUGCGAUAUUACGCGUGCCGACCUUCGUGCCAAAUUUCACAGCCAUUGAAAAUCUCGAGUGUCAGCAGCAUAUCAAAAUUUUUCUACGACAGUUAAGGGGCCACAAGUUAUGGGCGUUGCAAAUGUUAGACUCGAGCGCGAAAAUUCCAUCGGGUCUAUUGCGAGGAAAUAUAAAUCAAUUUGGAGAUUUUGACGAGUGUUUGGGCGUAAUGGCGCACGUGAAAUUAGAUGAAAAUACGAUAAAGGUUCAAGGCAAAUAUUGCUUGGCUUACAUAGACUUGUCUCCGUCUCGUCCAGACAUGAAGCUUCCUGUCAACAUGAUGCAAGCACGUGCCGCUAUUAGAGCGAGCAUGCACGAUAGCGGUUAUUUUAUUCCAAGAUUCCAGACUGUGAAGUGGGCACUGUGUCUUCCGGCAGCGUGCACCGCGGAGGACGCCCAAAGCAUCGUUGAACAGGCGUUGAACGACUAUAAUUCUACUGUAGGAAUUCAAUUUAUAGUAGAUGUCGAUCCUAAAAUGUGCUAUGUCAAACAAAAAUCACGAAGCUAUUCAAAAGAGACGAUCUGUGUUUUAUAUUUCUAUGCUAUGGUCGUUUGUCUCGCCAUCGUAGCAACCGUGAGAGAUUAUUUGGUGGUAUCGGAAGGAAAAGGAAAUUAUUCGGAGAGAAUAAUAAUGUCUUUUUCCUUACGGAGAACCGUCAGAUCUUUAUUCAAGAAGGAAUCGGGCAAAGGUGGGAUCCCGUGCAUUCAUGGGAUCAGAUCGCUCAUCACGAUUAUGCUUUACAUUUCCCAUCAAGUUAUAACAAUCUCCAUGUUACCAUUUUCUAAUCGAAUCGAGUUCACCGAGGUGACGAACAAUCCUCUAACUACCAUUCUAAGGGGUGGACUCCUUUACACGGACACGUUUUUAUUACUUAGCGGUACCUUAACGUCUUUCAACAUGGCACACGAGUUUAUAACACGAGGUGAGAUUCGCUGGUUUUGCCGUUUUAUUGCCAGAUAUAUCAGACUCACCCCAAUGUUACUCGUAGUGGUGUUUUGGUACGCAUUUAUAAUGGAGCAUACCGGAUCGGGACCACAAUGGAACGACAUUAUAUUAGGAAAUGCAGAUCUUUGCAAAAGCAGCGCGUGGAUGAAUUUGUUGUACAUACAAAAUUUCUUACCCUUCGAGGAGGAGUGCGCAACUCACACCCAUCAUUUGGCUUUGGACGUGCAAUUAUCGUUAUUAGCACCCAUGUUGGUAUUCUUUUUGCAAUGCAAGCCCAUCAUUGGGAUCCUCGUAAUAUUUUUCUUCAUUUUAUUAUCAGCCACGCUCCGUUAUAUAACAACGAUGAGUAACUAUCUUUCUAUCGUUGUUUUCCACGGAAUGUCAUUGAAACACAUUUAUAAGACUGUCAAUUUAGUUUAUAUAGUGCCUAUAUACAGAAUCACGCCGUAUCUGUUCGGUGUAACGCUUGGCGUGCUAUUACGUUAUACUGGACCAGAAGUAAGGAUACCCAAGGUGUUAGUGAUCUUGGGAUGGUUGAUCGCAAUGGCCUUGGCAUCGUGGUCGUUAGGAUCACCCUGGCAGUUGGCCAGAAGGGACUACGUUUACGAUGUUGUAGAAGCAACUAAUUACAUCGUGAUCAGUCCAGUUGUGUCAGCUUUGGCUUUGUCUUGGAUCGUGUUUGCGUGCUACACGAAUCACGGAGGUAUAAUAAACCGAUUCCUUUCACAUCACUGGUUAAUAAUCUUCAGCAGGAUAUCGUACGCCGUAUACUUGACCCAAUUCAUAGUAUUUUUCUACAACGUUGGAACAGCGAGAUACUCCAACGAAUUCCAUUUCUACAGAUUCUUCGAUCCGUUGGAGGCGGGUGCAACGAUAUCGAUAUCGAUCGUUCUCACACUACUGUUCGAUCUUCCGAUGCAAGAGAUCAAAAACGUGCUGAUGGAGAGCACGGACAUCCUGAAAGUAGCCGUCCCGUGCGAGGAAGGAUCGACGAGGAAGCUCGAGAAAGCCGCGAGGCGGACGGACGAGGCGAAGGCGCGGGAGAGGAAAGCGUUCGAGGAAGACGAGGUGGCGUCGACCGGUUGGGACUGGCAACGGGACAUAGUUGACGGUGGGAGCAGAAGGUACAGGGAUGGCGAGAACGUGGAGGACGAGGAACAGGUGCACAUGCCGAUUUUGAAGGCGUCGAUCGGCCGAAGGAGAUCGUUCAUCAGCCGCGAGCCAACCGAGGCGGAGGCCUCGGAGAUCUUGGCCAGGGAUUGGGCAAAGAACGCGAACAAGAGGUGGUCGAGGGACAGCGACGAGUACAGGGAGCAAGGGAAGAGGGAGAGAAGCGUUCAAAGGGAUUAUAGGGAGCAAGGGAACGACGCAGCAUCCGGUAGUAGUUUUUCCAGGAUGCAACAGGAGCGGGAGGAAGCUGUUAAGCGAGGCAGGCGUUCGCUCUCGAGAAGUUUCGACGCUAAAAGAUUGUCAACACGGGGCAGCGAGGAGGAGGAGGAGGAGGAGGAAGAGGCGGAGGAAGAGGAAGAGGAAGAGGAGGAGGAGGAGGAUCGAAGGAGGUACAGGAGAUCUAGGUCCAGAGGGAGAUCCGUGAUUACGGAAUCGGACGAUUAUCGUUCUUGGGAGUUGGUCGGUAAGGAACGUUCAUCCUCCAGGGGCCCGGAGUCUAAAAGGCUCUCGAGAAAAUCGGAGGAGCGCGAGGCUCCGCUCCAAAGACAAACAAGACCGCCACUCUCGAGAUACGGGGAGGCGAAGAGAGCUCGCUCCUCUGAGGACGAGGUAUCCUCGCAACAGAGGAAAAUUGAAAAAAGGCAUCCGCCCGUGGAGCCGAGGAUAAGCGACGAGGAGGAUUGGGAGAGCGAGUUGAGGAUACGGAGGAAACAAUUUAUGGAGAAGCACGCGAUCCGGGAACGGGAUCCCCGUUUCGAGGACGAGGAAGAUUUAAGGAGAUCCUCGGCUGAGGGUAAGAUAGCCCUGCUGAAGGACCCCGGCUCGGACGAUAAUAUGGACUCGUGGACGGUGAGCGUUGGAACGCGUGCCGCCCCCCUGCUCGGCUCGUCUCAAGAGCGGAGCGAGGAGGAGGAGGAGGAGGAUGUCGCGUACAGGCGGAGGGAGUAUCGCGAGCGAGCGCCGCCACCGAGGGAGGAGGUGAAGGGAGAGGGAGAGGAGGAGGAGAGGAGGCCGUCUUACGCGAGCAGCAGCGAGGUGACUUCUAUGGAGGAAGACAGCGACGUUGCAAGUUAUAACUUCGUGCUGACGAAGGACAGUAGGAAAAAGUCUUUGCAGGAUCUCUCGAAGCUUGCUAGGGACGAUGACUCUGAUCUGACGGAAUCUGGAUGGAACGUUGUGAGGCAAGACAGCGGGGAAGGAUUGCCCAGAUCUUCGUCCACGGGCCUGUACAAACGCGAGUCGAUCGUAAAGAGCCAGGCCAGCGAGGAAGAUCCGGAAUAUCUCGUCGUGGAGAGACCGAAGCUCGUUCAGCAAGAACGGGAACAUCCGUUCAAGAAGGCUUGGCAGAUGCAGAAAUCUCGUUCCGAGGAGGAUGGUUCCGCGUAUACGAUCAAAGAACCGAAAGAACAAUCUAAAGCGGAGACGGCGAGAUCCAGGGACGAGGAUCCUCCGUCGAAAGAGGUUGGAAAGGAAGGAGGCGGUGGAGAGCAGCGGUACGGGGAGAGCAUAGACGCGUCUCCCGACGAUGAUACGGAAUUGACGCAUAGCAGAAGCAGCGACACGGAGGAGUACACGACGAGGAGUUCGAGGUCGGAGGGAGCGGAAUCUUCGUCAACGGAGAGGAGCAAGAGUUUCGAGAGCAACAAAUUUGGUCUGAGAUCAUCGGACGUCGAGGAGGACUCCUCGAGGUCUAAUUGGCCAUCCGAGGACGAGCAAGUUUAUAAAACAAGUCCGAGGAGUAAAUUGGAGGAGACGGAAUGGAUCUGGGAGAGGGAAGAGACUUGAUGGAUUUGGAGGGACUAUCGAAGCAAGAAAAAAGAUAAUAAACGUAACUAUAACGAGAUAAAUUAUUCGCGGGGAAGUUAUCGGUUGGAUUCCUCCAGAGAAGAAUGGACGAAUUUUUCGACGAACGGUUGGGAGAAAGGUUGAUGAUGGGUUUUUGAAAGGAAGAAUAUGAAUCUUCGAAAAGUUGGUGAUCGACGAUUUGAAUCGUUGUUUUCCUUCGUGAGAAGCAUUAUCGAUGAUUUUUAGAAAGCAUAUUGAUUUAUAGAAUAUUUUUACAAUUUGUGUAUCAUCCUUACGUGUAUCAAAAAGAGAAAUGACUCGCUCUAUAGUUCUUUAGCUGUUAGAAUUUUUAAACGUCGAGAGAUGAACGACAAGACCAAAGUAAAAAAAAAAAAAAAAAACUAUUUUUCGUUGAACAAAUGUUCAUUAUCCAUAUCCUGUUAUAUACUUAAUUAUUAUUAUGUUGUUGAAAUUUGAUGAGACGUGUUCAUUGUAAAAAUAUUGAUAAUAAAAUGAUUCUGAAGAAAUGGAAACUUCA